UAAUCAACGUUUUCGCUUCUCGAUAACAGCCAAUGGGCGUCCUCCUUUGUUUCCGUAGACUUUUCCAUGUUUAAUCACCAAACACAACUCCGCCCGACUGUUUCUCCCUCCGCUACCAGAUCGCGAUCGCGAUGCCGGAGGCCGGCGAUGCGGUCCACCUUGCAGUCCACGUCGCCCGCGGCCGGUGGUUCACCCUCUUCGCCUCCUUCCUCAUCAUGGCAUCUUCCGGCGCCACCUACAUCUUCUCCGCCUACUCCGAAGCCAUCAAGUCCGCCCUCGCCUACGACCAGCGCACCCUCAACACCCUCUCCUUCUUCAAAGACCUCGGCGCCAAUGUCGGCGUCCUUCCUGGUCUCAUCAACGAGUUCGCCCCUCCCUCCGCCGUGCUCGCCACCGGCGCCGUCAUGAAUCUCUCAGGCUAUCUCAUGAUCUACCUCGCCGUCGCCGGCCGGAUCCGCCCCCGGGUCUGGCAGAUGUGCCUCUCCAUCUGCGUCGGCGCCAACUCGCAGGCUUUCGCCAACACCGGCGCCCUCGUCGCCUGCGUCCGCAACUUCCCACACAGCCGCGGUGCCGUCCUCGGCCUCCUCAAGGGCUUCGUUGGCCUCAGCGGCGCCCUCUUCACCCAGAUUUACCUCGCUCUCUACGGCCGGCACGGGGAUUCCAAAUCGCUCAUCCUCCUCGUUGCCUGCCUCCCCUCCGCUGUCUCGCUCCUCUUCCUCCGCACUAUUCGCUACCUGAACCCUAAAUCCGAGCCGUCUCACCCCCAAUCUCACGAUUUCAAGGUCUUGUGCUCCCUCCUCUACACCACAAUCGCCCUCGCCGGCUAUCUUAUGUUCGUCAUCGUCCUCCAAAGCCGGGCGGAGUUCUCCCAACGAGCCUACGAAGCUAGCUCGGCCGUCCUCCUCUUCCUCACUGUCGUACUCCCUCUCGCCGUUGUAUUCAGAGAAGAAGCCUCAGAUCUACGGCGCCUCAAGCCAUCCAUCGAAAACCCUAAUUUGGAAUCGCCCAAAUCGAUCCCAAAUCCAAAAGUCUCGUACCUUUCUUCUCCAUCUUCCAAACCGACGCCUAAUGCAAAAAGCUCGCACCUUUCUUCUCCGCUUUCUUCAUCCCGGCCGCCGAAGAGAGGUGAGGACUUCUCCAUACUCGAAGCGGUGACGAGCGUCGACAUGAUUCUGAUCAUCUUCACCACCAUCUGCGGCGUCGGCGGCACCCUGACCGCCAUCGACAACAUGGGCCAGAUCGGGAAGUCCCUCGGCUACGACGCGCAGAGCGUUGCCACGCUCGUAUCCCUCAUCAGCAUCUGGAACUACGCUGGCCGCGUUGCCGCCGGGUUCGCCUCCGAGAUCCUGCUCGUCAACCGCCGGCUGCCGCGCCCCCUGCUGCUCGCCCUCGUCUUCCUCCUCUCCUGCGCCGGGCACCUCCUCAUCGCCUAUGGCCGCGCGCUCCACCUCGCGUCGGUGAUCACGGGCUUCUGCUUCGGCGCACAGGUGCCGCUCUACUUCGCCAUCAUUUCGGAGCUGUUCGGGCUGAAGCAUUACUCCACGCUGCACAACUUCGGCGGCGCCGCCAGCCCCGUGGGCUCCUACAUCCUCAACAUCAAGGUGGCGGGGCAACUCUACGACAGAGAGGCAGCGCGGCAGAGCACGCCGAGCUCUUCUGGCUCGCCCACGUGCGCCGGCGCGGAGUGCUUCAAGCUCGCGUUCCUGAUCAUCACGGCGGUGACGGUGGUGGGCGGCGCGGCGGUGCUGGUGCUCGUCUGGAGGACAUGGGAAUUCUACACGAAGGAGAUCCAUGCAAGGCACAGAGGAGGCGGAGAGGCGAAGAAAGGAGUCGACUUGGAGGAAGAAAUGGUGCCAAUCCUCGAUUGACACUCUGGAGAACAAAAUUCUGAAAUUCAAAGAACGAUUCAAUUCCUUUUACAGAACACACGGAAUGAAAAUAUAGAAAAGGAUUUUAGAUAAAUAAUAUUAUUAUCAGUUACAAAUUCACAUUUUGAUUUUUAAAAGCAGUACUUAUUUCUUAACGAGAUCAA